AUUCUAGCUUCAGCAUAUCUUCAACUUUCUCUCACAUGGUGUUCAGAUCUUAAGAAAAAAACACAACUGAAGAGAACAAAUCAGUUGAAAAUGGAGGCCAUCAAUGCAGUUGGGUUGACUCCUCUCUCAGUUCUGUCAAAAAGAACAGAGCCCAGAAAAACAUUAUCACUUCCGACAAUUUCGCAAUUCAAGAAUCAAACAUUAUCCAAUUUCGGAAAUUCCUCUGUUUCAAGAACCAUACAAGGAAGCAUAGUCCUCCUCCCUUCAGUACUAAGCUCCGAAUUGGCCAAAGCCUUAACAUAUGAAGAAGCCCUUCAGCAAUCAGUGACCACCUCCACCAGCUCCACCUCAGAUUUUGACGUCGCCGGAGUUCUUGAUGACGUCAUCAACUUUGCAACUGAAAAUCCGAUAAUUAUCGGCGGCGGAUUGGCGGUUCUGGCGGUGCCGCUGCUCGUCUCUCAGCUUCUCGGCGGCGGCAAGCCUAAGGCUUGGGGUGUGGAGACAGCCAAGAACGCCUACGCGAAAUUGGCUGAAGAUGCCGAUGCUCAAUUGGUCGAUAUAAGGGCGAUUUCGGAAAUAAAGCAAGAAGGGAGCCCGGAUAUUCGAGCAUCGAAGAAGAAAGCGGCGGCAAUUGUGUACCAAGGUGAAGAUAAACCGGGGUUCUUGAAUAAGUUGUCUCUGAAGUUUAAGGAACCAGAAAAUACCACAUUGUUCAUACUAGACAAAUUUGAUGGAAACUCUGAACUUGUUGCUGAGCUGGCAACCGCCAACGGCUUUAAAGCCGCUUACGCAAUCAAAGACGGUGUGGAAGGUUCUAGAGGAUGGAAGAGCAGUGGCCUUCCUUGGAUACUUCCGAAGAAGGGGUUCAGCUUUGACCUGAGUAACUUGACCGAUGGUUUCGGGGAGGUUUCUGAUUUCGCGUCUCUAACACUUGGUGUUGCUGCUGCUGCUGGUCUUGGAUUAUUAGCUUUUACAGAGGUAGAAACAAUUCUCCAAGUUUUAGGUUCGGCUGCUCUCGUUCAGUUUGUAAGCAAGAAACUCCUAUUUGCUGAGGAUAGAAAGCAAACAAUACAACAGCUUGAAGAGGUAUUGAACACGAAAGUUGCUGCCAAAGAGCUUGUGGGUGAUAUUCAGCAAAUUGGAAAGGCUCUUCUACCAACACCUGUUACUAGCAAAGCUCUUCCUGCCCCUACUCCGAUUGAAAGCCCUCCUCAAAAACCCGAGCCUAUUCCCGAAGCAAAAAUCGAUCCACUGAAAGUCGAAGAAGCAGUUCCAGAAGUCAACUCUGUCCCCGAAGCAGUUCCAGAAGUCAACUCUGUCCCCAAAGCAGAAGAACCUGUAAAAGAAUCUAUUCCUGCAUUUCCAAGGCCACAAUCUCCAUAUACCAACUAUCCGGAUCUCAAGCCUCCAUCGUCACCUAUACCAUCACAGCCGUAGGAUCUUGAUUGCAUGCUUACGCGUACGUACAAUCUAUGAUCUUUUCGUACUACGAGGUUUUUGAGAGACUAUAUAAGUAUAUCUAUAUGCAAGAGAAAGUAUGUUUGUGGUAUUCCUAGAUUGUUUCUAGUUUUUGGGAUCUCAUUCUUUGUAUGUAAUAAUGAUUGUUUUAAUUGGUUCCCUCAAUGUAACAUGAGAUGUGAUUGGUACAUGCAUGAUAACAAAAGCUAUUCAAAUAUCCAAGUAUUUAUCUUAAAUUUGAUCUUUGAUU